GAUAGCGCACUUCAGAUAUUUUGCAAGAAAAUAACUGACGUAUACGUCUGGCUGUUGCGUUAAGACGCUUCAAAAUAAAAAUCUCGUCGAUAGAAGCGAUUUAGCAACUGUUGUAGGGUUACGUGGAGCAACUGUCCAGGUUCUCGACAGACGGUGCUGGAGGCGCCCAUGUUCGUGCGGGGUGGCCGAGGGACGCCAUGACAGUCGUCGUAUUUUCUGUAAACCGCGAGCGCGUACGAUCUUGCAGUGAGUUUUUGGAAAAUAGUGGCGCGCCCCGACGUCCCCGGGGGCUUUGGACGGGUGCUAGUUGUCCCGGUCGAGCUGCUGGUUGCUUUGGUGAUAUAGUGGAGGAGUGUGGCAAGGGUGCGUGGCCAUUAUCCUGGGAUUUGCUUGUGGGUACUCGUGGCGAGGUGAGGCGUCAAGAGGCACCAAGAGGCGUCCCCCCUUGCGUCGGGACGCGCGUCCCCGUGCCUGAGACAGUCGUACGGCUUAGGAAACGAGAUGCGAGAACCGCCGACGGCACCGUGCACCACGAUGAUAAAUGAGGCCCAUCAGAAGAGUUUAAAUAAUUGUCUUUAUUGAUCAAAGAUGAAUAGUGAGCAGCAUGCAUUGCCAGCGACUACGCAGGCUCAGCAAGAGAUCCCAUUUCGAACAGGAUUCAAUACAAAUGUAAUUCGCCAAGAACGAAUGUUUGGGUCAACUGCCUGUUUGUGAACUAUUUUUAUUUCUGUGAGGCUGGACGGAAGUAAACUCGGGUCAAAGUGGUCGUCCUUCGUACCCAGGUGGUUCGACUAGUUCAAGCAGUCACAACAAUGUAGGGAGCACCCGGAAUUCCUCUGAGGAGCAGCGCGUAGGUACAGCAGUAGCGUUAGCCUCCUCGGUAGCUAAAUAUUGGCUCUUCACCAAUCUGUUUCCUGGGCCGCUACCCCAGGUCUCGGUCUACCACCAUAACCACCAGAUCUCCUCAAGUAGGAGUGGUGGUGGUGUUGAGGCAUCUCCAAAAGAGUCUUCGUUUAACCAGGAAAUGGCGUUGACCUCGAAUUCGCAUCAUCAGUCGACGACUUCGCAUCAUCAUCAUCAACAAGCUUCGAUUAGCGGCGUCGGUCAUCACGGCUCUCUGCAGUCCAAUCAGCAGAUUCCAGGCUCUCUUCCUGGCCUUAGCCUAGACGGGACGCACAUUCCCGCAAGUGUCAGUCACUUGCAGGCGGCGCAUGCUCAAAUGCAGCAGCAGAUGCAGUCGCAACAGCAACAGCAGCAGCAGCUGCACCAGCAGCCGCAGCAACAGUCUCAUCAUCAGAUGCAGCAGAGUCAUCAGAACGCACAGAACAGUGGACCAAGCUCGCAGAGUCAGAACUCACAACGGGAUGAUAAUAAAGUAAAGGACGAGGGUGGUAGUUGCACUACAGAACGGUGCAGCGAUAAUCAAGUCCAUUGUCAGGUCCAGUGUGAUCUUCAGCUACAGCCGCCACAGGAUCUUCAGCAGAGUCUCAUGCAGCAACAGCAGCAGCAACAAAUUGGCGUCAACAUUAGCGGCAGUUCCACUGCGGAAAGCGGAAGUCAGAACAAUUCAGAGAAGCCCGAGAAGGAGAAGGAAAUGCGUCAGCUGAACAUGGCACAGUUUCAACUUCCUGACCUUAAACCUGGUGGUCAUAUGAUGGACGUUAGAACAGCCGACGGCUCGGUCGUUAAAAUAAGUGCCGGAAACGAACAAGAUCUAGCAAAGACUCUUGGCGUAGAGAUGGUACAAAAUAUGUACAAGGUAAAUGUCGAGGAUAUCAAUCAACUGUUGGCGUACCACGAGGUCUUCGGAAAGCUGCAAAGUGAGAUAGCAGCUGGCACCACUCUCGUAGGUGGUACCGUACCGACGCAAACUGUCACCACCAUACAGAAUGGAACACCGAUAGUACAGCAAGUUCAACUUAACAAGUUUGACAUAAAGACAAGCGACGGCGAGGCCACGCCCGGACCAAGUGCCUCGCCCGUAUCCGUUGGUAGCCAUGCCUGCGAGGUCUGCGGCAAGAUCUUCCAGUUUCGCUAUCAGCUUAUCGUGCAUCGCAGAUAUCAUACUGAAAGGAAGCCAUUCACGUGCCAGGUCUGCGGAAAGGCAUUCACCAAUGCCAACGAUCUAACUCGUCAUGGUAAAUGUCACCUGGGUGGAUCCAUGUUCACCUGUUCAGUCUGCUUCCACGUCUUCGCUAACGCGCCGUCCUUGGAGCGCCAUAUGAAGCGUCACGCUACCGACAAGCCCUACAAUUGUACAGUGUGCGGAAAAAGUUUCGCUAGGAAGGAACAUCUAGACAACCAUACUCGCUGUCACACCGGCGAAACACCUUACAGGUGUCAGUAUUGCGCCAAAACUUUCACACGCAAGGAGCACAUGGUGAACCAUGUUCGCAAGCAUACUGGCGAGACUCCGCAUCGCUGCGACAUAUGCAAGAAGAGCUUCACUCGCAAGGAACACUUCAUGAAUCAUGUCAUGUGGCACACUGGCGAGACUCCGCAUCAUUGCCAGGUCUGCGGGAAAAAAUACACGCGCAAGGAGCACCUUGCCAAUCAUAUGCGUUCCCAUACCAACGACACGCCGUUCCGAUGCGAGAUUUGUGGUAAGUCGUUCACGAGGAAGGAGCACUUCACGAACCACAUAAUGUGGCACACGGGCGAGACGCCGCACCGCUGUGAUUUCUGCUCGAAGACGUUCACGCGAAAGGAGCAUCUACUGAACCACGUUCGCCAGCACACGGGUGAGUCUCCACACCGAUGCGGCUUCUGCUCCAAAUCGUUCACCAGAAAGGAACACCUUGUUAACCACAUCCGCCAACACACAGGGGAGACGCCCUUCCGCUGUCAAUACUGUCCGAAAGCGUUUACGCGAAAGGACCAUCUGGUGAACCACGUCAGGCAGCACACGGGUGAGUCACCGCACAAGUGCCAGUAUUGCACCAAAUCGUUCACGCGGAAGGAACAUUUGACCAAUCACGUGCGUCAACAUACAGGCGAGUCGCCACACCGAUGCCACUUCUGCUCCAAGUCAUUUACACGUAAGGAGCACUUGACGAAUCACGUCAGAAUCCACACCGGUGAAUCGCCACAUAGGUGUGAAUUCUGUCAGAGGACGUUCACUCGGAAAGAACACCUCAAUAAUCAUCUCCGUCAACAUACCGGAGAUUCGUCGCAUUGUUGCAACGUGUGCUCGAAGCCGUUCACGAGAAAGGAACAUCUCGUGAACCACAUGCGAUGUCACACUGGCGAACGUCCGUUUGUCUGCACCGAGUGCGGCAAGAGUUUCCCGCUCAAGGGAAAUCUCCUAUUCCACAUGCGCUCCCACAACAAGGGAAGCAACGCGGAGAGACCGUUCCGCUGUGACCUUUGUCCCAAAGACUUCAUGUGCAAGGGCCACCUGGUCUCGCACAGAAGAUCCCACUCGGACGAGCGACCGCACAGCUGUCCGGACUGUGGCAAGACCUUCGUCGAGAAGGGCAACAUGCUGAGACAUCUGCGAAAGCACGCCGUCGAAGGACCGCCUACGCAGGUCAGCACGCCCUCGGCAAUUCCUCAACCGGUUCUGCCGAUUCCCGCUGCCGCGGUACUGGUUGGUCAUCCUCUGGCUGCUCCGCAACCGCCUCCAGUUGUUCCUCAGCAUACCGUCGUGGUUCCAACACCUCCUGGUGUCCUCACGUCGUACUAAACGGAUGAGACGAAGAAGAAAAAAAGAACCAGUGCAUAUCGUGCAGGUUCGUGUCACAAUUGCACAAGACGCCAAUUGUCCCGGUUCCGAAGAGCCCGCCCUUGUCUGCGAUUAUAAGUAAUUAGUGAAACGGUUGAGUGAUCAAUAUGUAAAGUAUGUGAUACCCCAAGUGAGAUGUCCAGAUCCUCGUAAGAUGCAAUUCAACGGACGUCGCUCAUUGAACACUCGAAUUCUGACGAUUUAACUGUAAUGCACGACUACGAUGGAUUACCGACUUAUGGACGCUCUAGAGAACCGCCCACGUGAUAUUUAUUAUUGUAUCAUCGUCGGCGGGGGUUUAUUAUUUUUUUUUUUUUAACGAUCGAUACACCAGACUCGAGAUCUUCUCUCAUGGAUUAUCGACUUCGUACCGUUACUGUAAAAUGGCCCAGUUGAUGUGGACCUCAGCCGAGAAAACUUCAGCUGAAAACUGGACUUGGCUCUUUCAUCGAUGAUCGUUCAGUCUAGUCUUAGAUGGACUAGACUCAAGUCUUAUUCACAGUGGUACGCACAACUCAACUGACCACGCCCUUUGCAUUUUUCUUGUACAGUUGCGAUAAUGAAAAAUCUUUAUCGUCUCAUCGAGGGUACAGUACGUAACCAUAACAGAGUCUAGCCAAUGGGAUUUCAGCUGUCGAUUUUUUCAUUUUUUUUUUAUGGUCCAUGGCAGACCUCGUCAUUGUGCAGCUAUUCACGAGUACCAUCCGUUUCACUCGGAUGCUGUACGGGCACUACGUGCACACGAACCGGAUACUACGUACAGUGAGUUAUCUCGCAUCGACUGUACAUACUAGCUUAUAGGAAGUACGCGUUAAGCAUUAUUUUUUUUCUUUUCUUUUUUUCCGUUCCUUUCCUAUGAAGGUAGGUGGAGGAGAGACGAGUGAAUAAAAGUGUAUCACUUUUAUUAGUUUUGCAAUGCUCGGUCGGUGGGCUUACGUGGGGUUAGUGUUUAAUGGUGGAACGGAAGGGAAAGCAAAAAAAGAUUUUAAACAAGGGAUAAGACAAGAAUGAGGUUUUACAAAAUUAAUUUCCACGGUACGCACGAACGACGUUACACUAAAAGCGGCAGGAUGCAAACCAACAUAUAUAAAAAAUAUUUUAUAUUUUCUAAUCGGCGCGUAGAUUAAAUCUAUACAUACAUAAAUAUAUAUAUAUUUAAUGCUAUAAAUAUAGACAUAUAGUUUGUCGAUAACGCAAACGGGAGAAUGACGUAGAUAUUUGUUUUGUGUUCUACGACUAUACAGACUCGAUUUAGGAACGUCACACCAUCCAUCCACGUUUCCUCACGAGGUGUAGAUACUUAGGUAGCAAUUUGCCAGGUUUAAUUGGUAGUGAUUACUCUCGAGUUUAUAUUUUCCUCUCUAUCUCCCAUCUCUUUGUCUCUCGUUGCAUUAAGUCUCUUAGGUACUACAUCCGAGUGCAAUAUGAAUCCGCUGCGUUCGCUUGUAAUACGAGAGUGGAAAAAGCAAGGAAAAAAAAUAAUACAAGAAUGAAGGAAAAUAACAAAAAAAAAAACACGAUAUAAUCACACGGCAAUCGGCGUUGAGUGAAUCGUCGCGCGGAAAAAUUCAAUUUCACGUCAGAACGUGACUCUUUAUCAUUAUUUAUCCUUCGUUCUGCCAGUACACAGAGAACGUAUCUUUCUUUCUUCCCGUGAGUUGCGCGCCGUUAUGAUUGAAAAUUUGAAUUUUUGUCACGACGACGUCACUCACCAAUUCCACGCAAAUCCAGGUUAUCUCCUAGCGUUUCGAAACAGAACUACGACUCCGCACUACGGCACUAGACUAAUCCUGUAAUAAGGCCAUUGUAUUUCGUAUUUAGACUAUAAGGCAAACGGAUGCGUAUGUGCUGCGGUAUGACGAUGCGAGCUCACGAAUUCCGUUCGUUGUCGGAUUAUUAUUUUUUCUUUGUUUUAUACUUACUACAAUAAUUUUGGUUCAUACAGAUUAAAUUAGAGUAACGCGAAGACGAUCUGUUCACGUUGCUUGGCUUAUUUUUGCUGGAUACUAGAUCUGUUUCGCUCUUUAUAUAAAUCUAUAAUAUAAUAAUAUUUUAUGCGCGUUUCUCUCUCUCUCUCUCUUUGUCAUUUGUUACGCUGCUGCUCGAACGGUAAUCGAAGGGCUUCGUCUUGCCAUCCGUAUCUGUAACAUAAUUAUUGUAUUAUAUAAUUAAGUAUGAAUUUGGAUAAUGGUGAAUACCGGAUGUGGGUAACGAUUUUAUUACGCGCGUAGCACACGACGUCAGAUUGAAGUUUUUAAGCGUUGGAUUUAUCAUGGUCUUCGCCUAAUCCCCUCCUCACCCCCUUCCCUCCUCCCAUGGACCUUGUCUCGCAGAAUAAUCCGCAUACUCCCUAUCCAGGAUGUAAUCAUCCUUAUCAUAAUCCUUAUCCAAAAAUCUCCAAUCCAAUUGCUGAAUCGCGUUACCAAUGUGCCCUGAACCCUCUCCUCCUCACCAACACAAUCCUAAUCGCCACGUAGAGUUUUAGAAUUCGUAUAUUAUAUUAUGAUGAAUAUCAAUUAAAUAUAUUCAAGCAGCUUAGACAUCGCGUACUAUUCGAAGUGAUGAUGAUUUAUUGAUUAGACGAAUAAAUGACGAUUUACAUGAAAACGAGUUGCGAGGUACACGGUGGUAAAUGUCUUAGAGGAAUGCGAAAAUGCACAGAACACUGUGCGAUUAAUUGGAAAGGCGGAAGUACCUAUAAUAUUUACAUAUAGAGCAUAGACCUUUAUUAUAUAUAUAUAUAUAUUCUCUGAGGACAUUACAUGAAAACACAUAUGUAAAACACGGACACUAAUGCGGACAUGUAUAACACGAGUGACUUGAUACGACAUGAUUGAUUGCAAUUAAUUAAUUGAUAGAGGAAAAAGAUUAUACAUUGUGACGUCUGUCAUAUUCGGGAUAAGCAUUAUAUAUGUAUAAUAUAUACAUAUAUAGCUUGCGAUUAUAUACAUUAUGUAUAUAUACCGUAAAUAUUGUACGAAAUACCUGUCGUAAAUGCGACUUACGGCGCGAUUCUGCGCAUCGGACUGACUGAUGCUGCGCGCGCAUCCGGUCUUAUUACCUGCGUGGGAUGGCGCUUCCUGCCGCGCUUAUCGGUCGUCUAAGGAUGGGAAAUAAUAAGGAGAAAAAAAAAAUUAUGUAGCGAGGAGUGAAUAGUAGAGGAUAGUGUUUAUAUGGAUCAUUAUAUUAUAUUAUUAUUGUAUUAUUAAUAAUAUUAUUAUUAUCUUACGUUAUGACGAA